AUGGCAACUGUCGACACCCUCCUCAAGGACGUGGCCAUCCUCGGCCCUCUGAACGACCAAACCCGCAAGAUCCUCACCAAGGAGGCCACUGCGUUCCUCGCCCUCCUGCACCGCACUUUCAAUCCCACCAGAAAAGCCCUCCUCCAGCGACGCAUCGACCGUCAAGCUGAGAUUGACCGCGGCACCCUCCUAGAUUUCCUCCCAGAGACCAAACAUAUCCGUGAAAAUGAUGCCUGGAAGGGAGCCCCUCCCGCUCCAGGUCUUGUUGACCGCCGUGUGGAAAUCACAGGCCCAACUGACCGGAAAAUGGUCGUGAAUGCGUUGAACUCUGAUGUGUAUACUUAUAUGGCUGAUUUCGAGGACUCAAGUGCUCCCACCUGGGAGAACAUGGUCAAUGGCCAGGUUAACCUGUACGAUGCCAUCCGCAGACAGGUUGAUUUCAAACAAGGUGGAAAGGAUUACAAGCUGCGCACCGACAGGAAACUCCCAACCCUCAUUGCCCGCGCCCGAGGCUGGCACCUUGAGGAGAAGCAUAUGACGGUUGAUGGUGCUCCCAUGUCCGCCAGUCUUUUCGAUUUCGGUCUCUAUUUCUUCCACAAUGCCAAAGAGCUGGUCAGCCGGGGCACUGGCCCUUACUUCUAUCUCCCCAAGAUGGAAUCUCACCUUGAAGCCCGUCUGUGGAAUGACGCUUUCAAUCUGGCGCAGGAUUACAUUGGCAUGCCUCGCGGCACCAUCCGGGCCACUGUUUUGAUUGAGACUAUCUCUGCUGCUUUUGAGAUGGACGAGAUCAUUUACGAGCUCAGAGAACACAGCUCUGGCUUGAACUGCGGCAGAUGGGACUACAUCUUCUCCUUCAUCAAGAAAUUCAGACAGAACCCCAAUUUCGUCCUCCCAGAUCGCUCAGAUGUCACCAUGACUGUUCCUUUCAUGGAUGCCUACGUCAAACUCCUCAUCAAGACCUGCCACCGACGAGGCGUUCACGCCAUGGGUGGAAUGGCCGCUCAAAUCCCCAUUAAAGACAACCCGAAGGCCAACGACGCCGCCAUGGCCAGCGUGCGUGCUGACAAGCUCCGUGAGGUGCGCGCCGGCCACGACGGUACCUGGGUCGCCCAUCCCGCAUUGGCCAAGCUUGCCACAGAUAUCUUCGACCAAUACAUGCCCACCCCGAACCAGCUGUUCGUUCGCAGGGAAGAUGUGCACAUCACCGCGAAUGACCUCCUGAACACCAAUGUCCCCGGCAAAAUCACCGAAGAGGGCAUCCGCAAGAACCUGAACAUUGGCCUGUCGUACAUGGAGGGCUGGCUCCGUGGAGUUGGAUGCAUCCCCAUCAAUUACCUUAUGGAAGACGCCGCAACCGCCGAAGUGAGCCGCAGCCAGCUCUGGCAAUGGGUCAAGCACAACGUCACCACGGCCGAGGGCAAGCGCGUCGACAAGGGUUAUGCCCUCAAGCUGCUGCAAGAGCAGACCGACGAGCUCGCCAACAAGGGCCCCAAGGGCAACAAGUACCAGCUUGCCGCCCGCUACUUUGCCGGCCAGGUUACCGGCGAGGAUUAUGCUGAUUUCUUGACAUCGCUCCUUUACAACGAGAUCUCCGCCCCCGGCAGCGCUGCCAAGUUGUAA